AGCCGGUAGGCCCAAGGCCUUGGUAGAAAGGCGUGAACCAUCAACGGCCAACGCCGCCGACGCAAUGACAGCAACCUUCACGCCCCGCACCGCCCGAUCGAAUUUGGGAGCGCCUUUUCUCCCUGGCUAUGUCGCCCAUGAGCUGCGACAGAACCAUCCCAAGCAGCAGACACUGGCCUAUGGCCCAGGAGGAUCCAUAGAUAAGCCGCUUGCUGCGACGGGGAAGCUGGUAUUGCCAAAGCUAGAUCUAUCUUUGCUGCACCACUUGAAUGACCCCUUUCACCGCUAUGACCUCUCGACCCGAACCUUCACGCACGAAGAGAGGGGCGAAAUGAAGGACUCUGCCCGCAAUACCUACCGCCCUGCUUUGCAGCCAGCCUGGUUGAAACAUGACCGCCAAGUACUCCGGUUCUAUGCAUACUUCCAGGAAGCAGUUCACGAGAACCCGAAGGAGAGCUUCAGGAUUCGAGGUUGCAAUAUUCUCUUCUACUUGGAAGAUGGGACAAUGAUGGUUUCUGAGCCCAAGAUCGAGAAUUCUGGUAUGACGCAGGGGACCUUCGUAAAGCGGCACCGCAUCCCGCGGCCAAGUAGCCUGGGCGGGGGUGUCUACGGCUUUGAAGACCUCAGAGUCGGCAAAUCUAUUGCCAUCUAUUCCAGACUAUUUCGUCUCAUCGGCGCAGAUGCAUACACUCGAGACUUCUACGAGGCAGCUAUGGGAGAGACUAUGGUGGAAGAUCAGGAGCUCCCGAUGGAUACUUUCAGAGCUGCUGAUCUUCCUGACCCGGAAGACUUGGUCUCAGCCAGGCGUGCAGUGCUCCAGGAGGCCAAAGAGUACAAUGAGAUAGCAGUGGGAGGCUGCUGCAGGAACGAAAAGCUGCAACAGUAUUUGGAGAAUGACCGCAAGGUGCUGCGCUUUCACACCUUCUGGGAUGAAAGUGGCAAGUAUGGUUCCAGAAAGUACUACACCUUGCACUAUUAUUUGGCCGAUGAUACUGUGGAAAUGCUGGAAAAUUUGCCGAGGAAUUCAGGGUGUGCUCCUUAUCCUACAUUCUGGAGACGCUCGCCACUUCGGAAGAAUCCUUAUAUCUCGGCAACCCCAGGGAUGCUUGAGCCAGCGGCGCUUAUCUACAAGCCUGAGGACCUCAUUUGCGGACAGACGAUUGAUGUCAUGGGGCGCCAGAUCGUUCUCUAUGACUGUGAUGACUUCACUCGAGACUUCUACAGGUCCUUUAUGGGACUUGAACAGGUUGGAACCAAAAUCCACCACCCACCGUUGACACACGCAAAGCUCAGAUUUCCCCCAUACAAUGGCUUUGGGUCUGAGGAAGAUUCUCUCUCCAGCUGCAGGGGUCUCAUGCCGAAGCCUCCUCGAAGAGAUGUUCAGAAGCUUCUGGUGGAUGCAGACAAGGUCCUGCGCUUUGAGGGAGUCUUGGCCGAUGACGUCGAGGAAAAUGAGAACAGGAAGUUUGUCAUUGCCAUCUGCCUUGGCGAUGAUAGCGUUGGCGUAUGGGAACUCAAGCAGCGGAACUCUGGUCAUUCGGAAGGCAAAUUUGCCAGCAAGUCUCGCAAAAAGAAUCCUGCUACAGGGACUUGGUUUCGGCCAGCAGACUUCUUCAUCGGUGCCUCAUUACUGAUCAAUUCCAGCCCUUUCCGCUUGACAGGGGCUGACGAAAAGGCUCUGUGCUACAUGGAGGAGCACCCGGAUCAGUUCCCAGUUGCGGAUGUGAAUGCCGCAGUUCAAAAGACGCGCGCUAUCAGUGGUUGGCUCCAGGAGCAGUCUGGGAUCGUUGGCGGUGAGGAGCUGCAAAGGGCCGCAGAGGAAGGUGGGGUGCCUCUCAAUGAGCACGAGAUCCUCACACUUUCUCGUGGCUUCGGUCGGCAUGUAUUACGGGUAAGUGAUGCAGCAGUGGACGCGAGUAAGCUACUGGAAGCUUUGGGGUAAGUGCUUGUGACUCCGAAUGGGUCAAUGAAGCUUUGGGGGGCAAUGGCUGGCCCCCCAUUGCCCUCAUUCUGCAGUUCAUGCUGCAAAACUGUCUCACCGUCAAGACUUGGUGAAACGUCAACGACUGACGUUAAUUGUGCAAUGCCACCAGCUCUCGGAUUGAUAUUCUGCUUUGUGCACUCCUGUUUGGCCCC